CUCCGAGCGAGUCAAAGUGGACGCUUUUCCCAUAAAGUGUGACGCGGGUUUUUUUCUGCAAACCGCUCGAUAUCGCAACUCCGAUCCAUUGCUUGACUUUGCUCCUGCCUUCCAUCUCCAGCCUCGGCUCCCGUCCCUUCGAGCAGUUCCCGACUCCCUAAGGCCGUAUGCAGCCAGCCAGCCCAGCCCACUUUGGUACCUAUAGGUAGCCCCACGCGGACUGACGUGCGUCACAUCGCAGUCAACACCCACCCACGCCUGCCCGCUUAUCUUAGGCCUGAGGACCCGGGCAGCGAGGCUGAUCUCCAUCCUCCUCCACCUAAAAUCUCUCAUCCGCAAAAUAGCAGUAUAUAGCAGAGCCUCGCUGGCUCCAUCCCUAGCAGCUGCCCGAGAAAAGGGGCUGCGACUUGGCAGCGUGCAGGGUCGGCACUUAUACGUAUACGCCGCUUGGAGUAUUUUGGCCCCGCCAAGUCUUCGUUUGACGACCGACUUUUCCGCUGCGUGAAUCCGACACGAUGGAUACUCUCCUCACCGCCGAGAUCGCGGCCAACGCGCCCCGGUACCGCCGCAAGAGCUCGACUUUCAUCGAUGGCAUCCACGAUGUGCCCGAAAAGGGAAGCCUGGCGCCUGCACAGCUCUACAGCACCAUGUCCGGCCGGCUUUUCCAUUCGGGCCGUAUCGCCAUCGUGAUGGUCGGUCUUCCUGCCCGUGGCAAGACCCAUAUCUGCGUGUCCAUGGCCCGCUACCUAUCAUGGCUUGGAGUGAAGUCUCGGAUCUUCCACCUGGGCGACUACCGGCGCGCCACCGUCGGCCCUGGCGGCUCCGUCCCGGAGGAUUACUUCUUUCCCAACGCCAGCCCGAGGUCAGUCCUUCUUCGGCAAAAGAUCCUCAAAAAGUGCAGAGAUGACAUCUACUCGUGGCUCAACCACGAAAACGGCCAAGUUGCAAUCUAUGAUGCCGUCAACCCUACCUCGAGUGGCCGACGGUCGCUCGCGAAGGAGUUUGCUGGGCGUGAUAUCCAGACGCUAUUUCUGGAGUCCUUUGUUGAUGAUGAGCGAAUUUUGACGGAGAAUGCGCGGAACGUCAAAAUCUCAUCUCCUGAUUUCGCGGGGAUGGACCCUGACGAGGCCGCCCGCUCUUACCUGCGGCGGAUCGACAUGAAGAUCCCCGUGUUCGAAACGAUGCAGGAAACUGAGCUCAACUACGUGCGGAUGAUCAACGCGGGCCGCAAAUUCUUCUACAACAAUGUGUCCUUUAACUACCUCGCGCACCGCAUCGUCUUCUACCUAACCAAUCUGCACAUCAAGUCCCGCACCACCUUCUUCGUCCGGGCUGGGACGGGGAGCGAAGAGGACUCGUCCAAGAACGACUGCCCGCUUUCAGAGGAAGGGGUCGCGUUCGCGACAAAGAUGACCGAGGUCCUCAUCCAGCACCGCGAGCAAGAGCACGAGCAGCUCGUGACUCGCGACGGAGGCAAGCCCUCGCCCAUGCGGCCUCUCACAAUCUGGACGUCGACGCGGCUACGCACCAUACAGACGGCCCAGUUCCUCGAGGCGAAGGGGUACUCGGUCAGACAGCGCUCGCAGAUGCGCCAGAUCAACCCGGGCGUGUGUGAGAAGAUGUCGGCGCGUGCCAUCCGCGCCUUGUACCCGGACGAGGUCAUCAAGCACGAUCAGGAUCCCUACCACCACCGGUACCCUCGCGCCGAGUCGUACCACGACCUCGCCGUCCGGCUCGAGCCUAUCAUUCUGGAGCUGGAGCGCGAGCAAAACGACCUGCUCAUCAUCGCGCACGAGUCGGUGCUGAGGGUGCUGUACGGUUACCAGAUGCACUGCAGCGCCAUGGAGAUCCCGACGCUCAAGUUCCCGCGCGACGAGAUCAUCGAGAUCAUACCCGCGGCCUAUCAGAACGAGGCCAAGCGGAUCCACAUCCCCGGGCUGGACCCGCGCAUCGUGCCCGGGAGCCCCGAGGACAUACGCCUGGCCCAGCACUACGGCACCGGCGGCAGCGUACCCGGCAGCGGGGCCCUGACGCCCAUCGGCGCCCUCUCUCUGCCGCCGCCCGAGCUGGACGCCGAGGAGCAACAACAGCUGCCGCAGCCCGAGUUCGACACACGCGGCCGCGGCGCGGCCGGCCAGCAGUCCUCCGUGCUGGCCGAGGCGUCUCCGCCUGGUUCGUCGCCCGUCCAGCGCCCGCCGGCCAAGGUGCUCAAUACGUCUGCGGACGCCGUCAAGGACAAGCUUGCGGACGAGGACUGAGGAAGGGUCGCGGUUUUUGCUGUAGGGGGAUGGUGAGGCGGCCCCAUCUUGGGCACACUUACCUUAUCUCUCUUUUUUGUCUCUCCUUGCUACGACAUGACAAACAAGGUAGAUAGAAACGCGUUGCUCUUGUUUUGUUUUUUUGUUACUUGGACCCCAUGCCUGUCAUGCGGGAUGCAUGGACACGACUCCCGUCGCCGUUGGUCAACCGCCGUUGGGCUGGGUCAUGACAGUUUUCCAUGCCCCUCUCUGGGCAUGGAGGCUACCCGACCAUGGGAUCGAAUAGAUUAGGUAGUAUCGAUGAAUCCAUGUUUAUGACUGUGACCACCAAAUAAAGCCCUGCUCGCAAAGACGGGGCUCAGUCUG